AUGGCGGCGCCCAUGAACGAUUGCCGUGAAGCCUUUGAGGGGAUGGAGCCCUCCGUUCUCCCGGCCGGGGCGGCUCCGUAUGGGAACUUUCCCGAUUAUUCUCGUUUCAAUCCGCCGGAGGGGCGCAUUCGCCUCCUUCCCGCCGCGCUGCUGAGCCGGUUAUUCCCAGGCCCCCACGGGAGGCCGCUGCUGGCGCUGGACGUAGGAUGCAACUCGGGGGAGCUCAGCAUUGCCCUCUACAGACACCUCCUUGGACUGAAGGACAACAGAGACAGCCCAGAAGGUCCUGUGGCUGGGAAGGAACUGAGCCUCCUUUGCUGUGACAUUGAUAGGGAGCUGAUCGAGCGAGCCAAGCAGCGAAGCCCCUUCCCUGGCUCCAUUUCCUAUGUAACUGUCGAUAUCAUGGACCCUGAUACCCGGGAGCCUCUGCUGUGCUCCUAUUUGAGCAGGUUUGGACGUUCCGCUUUUGACAUUUGCUUCUGUAUGUCUGUGACUAUGUGGAUCCACCUGAAUCACAGAGAUGGCGGCCUGGUGGAGUUCUUGUCCUGUCUCGCCUCUAAGUGCACGUACUUGCUGAUUGAGCCGCAGCCGUGGAAGUGUUACCGAGCAGCUGCCCGGCGCCUACGGAAGCUGGGCAGGAACGACUUCGACCACUUCCGAUCCCUCACCAUCAAUGGGGACAUGGCAGAGAAGAUUACCCAAAUCUUGACUCAAGACUGUGGCAUGACGCUUGAGUGUUCUUUUGGGACCACCAGCUGGGACAGGAGCCUCUUGCUUUUUAAAUCGAGUAGACCAAAUAUUUGCGGCGAUUAAGGACCUGGCAGUGUUUAUAUCCCGUCAGAGACAAGGCGGUGGGUUAUCGGCAAGGCUGUCUGAUGUUGGCCUGUUCGCUUGCAUACAUAUAUUUUAAGGUCAUAUCACUAAAAUGCACCUUUUCAUCUUACUGUGCUUGGGAGUAAUGACACGUAUGUGUCUUUCCAUGAAGCGUAGUCACUGUAUGGUGUCAGUGACUGCGCAUAGGGUGGUCAGGUGAUACUUGAGUGGAGAGCGCUGAUGGGACAGGGUUGUGAUGAAGGAACUGCAGCUUCACAACUCAGGGAGUAAGUCCUAUAGACAGCACACUGUACAAGGAAGAUUAGCGGAAGUUUUGGCUGGCCUCGGAAUGUCACCCAAAUGGAGGGCUCUCUUUGCGAGUUGGGGGAAUUUGCAUUAGAAUUUCUCUGGAAAAGUCAAUAAUGCUAGGAAAAGUGGAAGGCAGUAGGAAAAGAGGAAGACCUAAAACGAGAUGGCUGGACUCAAUCAAAGAAGCCACGUCUUCCAGUUUGCAGGAUCUGAGCAAGUCUGUUAAUGAUAGGACAUUUUGGUCUUUCCUUCCUAAGAUCACCAUGGGUCGGAGGCGACUUGAUGGCACAUAACACACACACAAAGUUUGAUAUUGUUGUAACCCACUCUGAACCUUCUUGCGGGGAAGGCGGGCUAUAAAUUGAAAUAAAUGAAUAAAUAAAUAUUAGUGUACAGAUUUGUUUACCUUGCAGAUAUUAUAUACUAUAUUAUGUUAGGUGUGU